AUUAACACCAUUGGAUGCUGCUCAGUGGUCUAGUUGGUUAAGCAUCUGGAGCGAGGCUGAUAGGUCUUGGGUUCGAAUCUCGCGGGGUGCGGGAUCGUGGAUGCACACUGCUGAGGAGUCCCACAAUAGGAUGAAACGGCCGUCCAGUGCUUCCGGGUUUUCUAUGGUGAUCUAGCUUCAUUUAACUCAUGAUUUCAAUCAAUAUACUUUUUUGUUCAUCAAGUUAAUGAGGAUGAACGGUGUUAUAAGAUUGAUAUUUGAAUACUUUUUAUCAUUUAGCGUUCCAUGCUAUCUAUGUUUUGUUUUUGUUUGUUUUUUCGAGAAAAUACAAGAACAAAGCACUUUUCUAAUAUAUUAUUUACUCAAUGAUGAUAAUAAUUACUUAGGAUGUUUACAAUACAUAAUGGUAGUAUUAUAUAACUAAAGGUUUUUUAUAUGCUUCUUGGACUUGUAAUGUCGGUUACUAUGUUAAGUUCACAUAGCUUAUUGUAGCUUUUGGACACUCUGAUUUAUCUAUUUUUCUUGAGUCACAUUUUCACUUUACUAAUUAUUCACUUAUCAACCUUGACUGUUUUUAUAUGAGGGUGUGUGUACACUUCUCAUCAUAUUCAUCACACGUCUUCAACUUAUUUUUGUGUGACUAUAAGUAUUGAUUAACGCUUGAUCGAAAUGGAGUUGGCUCACACGCCUUCUCCACCGCGAGUCAUUUCGCUUCGCUCUCUUCUAUUCGCUUCAUCCUUCUGAUUGCUUUUCCAAAACAAUGAGCGUACGAAUAUAUACGUAUUCAAACAUCCAUUCUCGUAUUUGACUUAUUUCAUUCCGUUAUUGACUAACGAGAUUUAAGUCGAUAAUUAUAUACGAGAAUAGUCAGUAUAUAUAUUUUGACAACAAUCAUUCAUACGAUUUAAUCGGAGACAGAUUAAGGGCUACCAAAGUUUUAUACACUUUUAUUUUAUUUUUCAUCAAUUUAAAGUUACUUUAUUGAGUUAGUGGAAUGGAUCAUAAUAAUGAUCAUUUCUUUCCAACGUUUUACUGGAAAAAUAUUUUUAGUUGACUGUCAAAUAGAACUAAAUAUCUACUCCAAACAUUUUAAUAUCUAUACUUCAUAAUGAACAGGAAUGUUGACUACGUAUUCAAUGUCGUUAAAAUGCCAGUUAAUGGUUCAGUUGUUUGUUGUUUUUCUUUAUCGGUUGGUGAAUAUGAUCAUUGUUAAAUUAAAUACUGAUAAAUGAUGGCAGAGAUUAACUUCAUUUUCAAUGGUUUUAACAGUUUCAUGUUAUAUAAAGCAUCAAGUUACUCUGAGAAUAAAUCUAAAUGAGAUUAACAAACUAUUUACACGAUAUAAAUUAAUAGUCGUGGAUCAUUUCAAAUAGUAUGAUAUAUUGACUAACUGAAAAUUUUCUUAGUUUCCUGAUAUUUUGUUUUGUGUCACUGGACAAAAAUGUACGUAAAGUUUCGAUUAGUCAACAGUGAGUAGUAAAUAUUUGAAAUAAAGUUAUUACAUUUAACUGAAAUCAUGAACUGAUCUAAGUUAGACCUCAAUUAAAAACGUGAAAGCACUGAACGGUCGUUUCGUCAUAAUAUGUAAUUCUUUAGCGGUACUUAUCCACGAUUCUACACACAGCAAUCAACUUUAGGAUCUUUGGUCUCACACUUUACUCUUAACUUCUGCACUACUGACGACGAUAUUAAUGUCUCUAAUCAAUCCAUGACAUCGUGUGGUCAUCUUCCAUUGUCUUCAAUGGAUAACUGUCUCACACCCGACAGAGAUUAACUCUACUGGUCAUGGUUUCUUACUAGUACGCAGGAAAAUGCAUUGUAUUCAUUUAUAAAUUAAUAUUACUGUUAAACUAUUGACUUUGAAGUAAACUGCAUUGUUAAAAUCUAUUAUUUUUAAAAUGACAAUGUUUAGCAGAUGGAGGAAGUGCAAAACUGAAUGAUACUGGAUCAGCAAAUAACGAUACAUCAAGAGGCAAGUUAAUAAACUAUAUAAUACUAUCUUUUAUAUUCUCACUGUACAAUGUUUCCAAUAAUGAUAUCAUAGUGUUCAUAAGUUAUAUCCGGCUAUUAUUAAGGCUUUUAUACUAUGAAUUUUGUGAUUCAAAUUUAAGAUAAUACAUUUUUGUAUUGUUUUUUUAUACACAUAGUUCCUUUUAUCAUUAUUGAAGGGAGCAAGAAUAAAGAUUCUAGCAGAAUAGUGUGUAUUCAUUUUAUUUCGUUGGUUCUCAUCAGCUGUUUACAACCGUUGAUAUGUAUAAAUCAUAAUUACUUACAUGAGAGGGUUUGGCUGGAAGUUAUAUUGAAGACAUAUUAAUAUAGAAUAGCAAGGGUGUAAUUGAAAUAAAUAGACUGAAUAUUGUCAAUAUAUACCUUAUGUAAAAGAACAUUCUACAACACUGAUUGUGACAACAGUUUAGAUGGAUAGAAACAAGUGAUUACUCAUUUAAUUCCUAUCAGUUUUUACUCAUUAUUUAAUCACUUGUUUCUAGCCUUUUGAACUCUUGUUACAAUCAAUGUUAUAGAAUGUUCUUUUAUAUAAGGUAUAUAUUGACAAUAUUCAAUCUAUGAAGUUUAAUUACACCCUGACUAUACUAUACUGAUGUGUCUUCAAAGUAACUUCCGACCAAACUCUUUCAUGUAAAAAAUAAUGAUGUUUAAAUAUCACAGAUUGUAAACAGUUGACAUGAACCAACGAGAUAAAAUGAAUUCAUACUAUUUUGCUAGAAUAUUUAUUCUUACUCUUUUCGUAAUCACUAUUUUGAUAUGUAAUGCAAAGUAUCAUUUAUAUCAGAGACAAUAUAAUACUUCUCAAUCUUUGUUGAUUAAUGAUUUAUAUAAGAGGUAACCGUUAAAAACUAUGUGAUAGAACUAUGAAAAAUAAAAUGAUACACAAUUAUUAUUUGAAUGACUUUGAUUAUUUUAUUGAAGAAAGAUAGGGAUUGCAAGUAGCCUAAUUACGUUAUUUGAUUGACUGAUUAUGAUGAGUGAAAAAAAGUAUGCUAAAAAUAUCAUAUAUUACCAUAAAUUGUAGUUAUUUGAAAAGGGGGCACUUAGUAACAGAAAGCUAAGUUAACAUAAUGAGUUCAAACUAUACAAGAAUAUAUUUAUCUAGGGUUUAGAAUUCAGAUCAAGAAUCUUUUCUAAUUAGAGAUAAUUUCUGCCGAUCAUAUCUGACAGGUUAUUACUUGAGAAAAUUAUUUCUUUUUACCUUGCUUCAUGUGAUAAUAACUGGUUAUUACAAUGUACUAAUAAUAUUAUUACACCCACUGAAUAAUUUAGUGAACACUUGAACUUAAUGACUCAGUAAAUAGUGAAUUGGUCAAGUGUAUUGGGUUUGAAUUGUUGUGUAAUAAUCAGCACAACUGGAGAUACAUUUAAAUAGUUAAUUUUAAAUAAAGCGAAAUGCUAAUCUUAAAUUCUAAUAGUAGACACUAUCCAAACCUAUUAACCUUCCUAUUUUUGAGUGAAUGGAAUGUGACUAACAUUGGAAUCCAGGAUAUGCUUUUUGUCCUAUUCAAUAUCAGUCAACUCUAUAUACCUCCAUUCCAGCAUUGAUGUUCACUUCAGAAUCCAAGUAUAUUCAGCUUAUUAGUCACAAAUAAUACAAACACAUACAUUAUAGAUUCUAUUGCUAGUUAAAUUUCAUUUAUUCUUUAUCAACUUGUAAUUUCAUGUCAGUAUCAAUACACGAUACUCAAAUGUUAACCAAGAAUGAUAAAAUUCCAUUAAAUAAUUCAUACCAUUUCAAAUCGGAUCAAUCUUAUUAGAAACUUGAAUACCUCAAAUGGUUACUUAUCUCUCUCUCUCUCUCUCUCUAAUCUUUAGUAAAAGGCGAAAGAUUUAUCCGCAAAUGAGAAGAAACCCGAGUGAUAGAAUGCAUAAUCAUAUUAAGAAUAUAAUUAUUAUACAAUAAUAAGCCUUUUCAAAGUAUAAGUAUAGAAAUACCGAAAUUAUAAUUAUUCAAUCACAUGUUUCAUUCUAAUAUAAACAUUUAAACUAAAGAAAUACAUUCUUUAUAUUUAUUUAUUCAUUAUAUAAUAAAUUUUAAUUUUGUUGCUUAUUACAUAACUUGAAAUGAUUAUUUUUAUGUUUUCAAAUUAAAAAAAACAAAAGAAAAAAAAGGAAAAGAAAACUUCUGUUGGUUACUAUGACAACUAUAAAAAAAACAAAUAGUUGUCACGUAUAAUAUAUACAUACAUUAAAAUCUUAAUAAAUGCCAAAUUAAAAAAAAAUUAUUAUUAUCACCAUAAUGAAUUGAAUAAUUAUCUGAUUCAUCUAUUAAGGCGUAUCAGAUUAUUUAAAUUAAAGAAUAAAUUGCCUGGAUUUUUUUAUUUUUGUUUUAUGAAGAACUAAUUUUGUUGUCAUUGUUGUUCAUCAUAAACAGUUUAUCAAUGAAUGUUAUAAAACGUCAAAGUGAUUAGAAGUUGUAUAGUGUUAUUAGUGUGAAAGUAAUAAUAUACUUGUCUUGAAAGUGUUGAGAAGAUUUCAGUUAUGAUCAUGAGGGUAGAAUUGUUAAAACAUAUAAAUAUAGAUUUUGAAAUUGAAGCAAAGUACUUAAUGGAAUUUAACUACUCACUAAUUGAGUAUAUUCCAUAAAUAAUACAAUCUAUAAAUGUAUGCAUUCUAUGUAUAAAAACAUUUUUUUCUAUCUCAUAUUGAAACAAAGUAGUUUACUACAUCAUACUGUCGGAUAGUUAGUUUUUUGAUGAGAAUAACAUUUCUGGAAUGGUUUCUUUUAUUUUUUUUUUUGUAAAAGAUCUAUUUAGUAGUGUAUUAUAGCAACUCAUUAACUGCUUGAUUGAUUCGAUGAUCCAUUCAUUUCCCUAUAUAUAUACAUGCACAUAUACACUCUACAAUCUCGGUUCGCUAACUCACUCAUUCGCCUCAUUGCUUUUUGAUCUGAGUUAUCUGCUAAUAAAACUGUAGUCACUACUUCUCUUUGCCUUCUGAUUUCAAACACCGCUGAGGAUUAUAUGGUAACGGUUACGAGGGUGAUUGGUCAACGAAGCACAGUCACUACAGUAUCCAUGAAUUUGGCAAAUGUUACAAAUGGAUAGAUGUUUAUUUACAAUUUUUCUUUCUCAUAAAUUACAAGGUUAUACUAAAAAUGAUAUAAUAAACGACUUUACAUUGAAAUAAUAAUGUAACAAUUUUAUCGUUGAGAUUAUAAUUUAUAGAUGACCUUUGAAUGACAUUAAGCUGACUUUGAGAGUGUCCGCCUAAUAGCUAGCAUCAAAUGAGGACUAAAAACCAGUGUGAAGAAUUAGAAUUAUGAUUUAGAUUAGAUUUAUGGUUUUUAAUCACGAAUUGACAUCAGCUAUAAUUCCAAAAUUCUAAUUAACCAAGUGGAUGAAUUGGUUUCCCGCCAAAAUUUGAAGAUCGAUCAUCUUAAAUCUGAUUGAUUCGUCCAUAAAUUAUAGUCUCACCAUUUUAUUUUCAAUUCAUUAAAACAUUUACUUGUCUAUAUUCAUAAUUUCUAUCUGGUUAGUUCAGUGUUGACUCACAGCAGAUAUUAUAACAUUUAUUUUGUUAUACAGCAUGUACAAUAACUGUUUGCAUUCAUUUUAAGUCAGUGAUUUUUCUUUUAACAACAAAUAUCCCAAAGGAUUAGUGUUCAUUCGAAAGUUAUAACAACAUGGGGAUAGAAUAAUGACAAAGAUUCUCAGUUUAUACUUUAAAUAGAAUACGAAAUAUACCUUAUUAAGUUCAUCCUCUUAUCUUAGAUUUAAAAAAAAGAUCACAACUGAAACUUAAGACAAAUAAUGAGGAGUCCUGUACUAGGACGAAACAGCCGUCCAAUGCUUUUAGGCUUUUCAUGAUGAUCUAGUUUUAAUUGACUCAUGAUCUCAACUAUAAAAUAAUAGUCUUUAUAAUUUUCAAGUAAUUUAUUUCAUUAGAAACAUGAGUAAAAUAUAAUAAUAUUAUAAUAAUAGUGAUUGUGUGUUCCAAAAACUACAUCGGCAUCCGAUGCUAUUUUUGGAUGAUUGUACUUUACCCAGCAAUCACGAUUCACAUUGACGGGGAAUCGAUUAGUCAAAGAGGCAUCUGAAUCGCCGUAAUGACCCCACUCCAUUUCUUCUUCUUUCUGAGCUUCAUACAUUUCAAGUACUAGUUGUUUAUGACAUCAAUGUAAACUCAAAAUAUAACAAUCUCAUUAGAGGAAUUACAUGUCAAUAUAAAAUUAAACAAUACAAUAUUGGAUUACAUUUAAGAUUGAAAUCCCAUAAAUUCAUCUCUAUUGGUUUAUUCGAUUCACGCUAUAUACAUUCUGUCAAACAAACUAUGAAAUACUAAAUUACGCUUAAUUCUUUACUUCCUUCCUUUUAACUACUAUGGGGCUUAUAAAGGUUAUUGAAUGUUAUUGAAAUUUCGAAUUGACCCUAAAUAAAACAUUCAUUAAAUAGAAGGAAGGACUGAAUAGUUAUCUCUACCGAGUACAAAACUCCUCAGAAGUAUACACACAUAGCUCCACCAUAAAAUAUUCCACCUAGGACCUUCGAUCUCUGGAAUGAAUACUAUCUAUAAAUGACUAAGUUAGUAUACAUAAGUAUACACUUGUAACUUCAAUCAAUUUAUAAUAAUGCAGGAUAUUAUAUUGAUAAUUUUAUCUACUUACUUUUAAAUGUUUCAUUAUUCAACUACUUCAAUUAUAUUUUCUUUACAUUGAUCUUUUUUUUCUUUGAUUAUUAGUAAACAAUGAAUUAUAUGGUUCAUUAUUUGUCAAGGCAACUCUUACUAUCCCUUGACUCAUGAUGUCAACAACUGAAAUGACUAAAAUCUCUACAAAACCCUCUUCUGAAAAAUUAAUAAUACACUUAAAUUGAUUGAUAUAAAUAAUGGAAUUCAAUAGAUGUUAGUUGUUGUGAAUAAUUGGAUAAGGGAAAUGACUUUAAAUCAGUUUCAUAUGAAGAAUAAUGAAAUCAUUGAAUUAUUCAAUGAUUUAAGUGUAUAACUAUGGUGGUCUAGCUUCAAUUGACUCAUGAUCUCAACAAUUGAAAUUACUACAAUCUCCACAAAAACCCCUUCUGAUGUAAUAAAUUAUGUCAUUGAUUAUGUAAUGAAAUAAAUUGAUAAUUAUCAUCUAAAUGAAUCUUGUUCUAUCGUAGAUUUGUAUGAAAAGUGACAAAUACUAACAUUGUAGUUUGAAUUAUCAUAUUGUAUACAUUAUAAUUUUGUGUUAUUAUACUAAACAUGUUUAUAUGUAUAUCAAAUAGUUUUACUAAUUUUCUUGAUUUAACUUUAUCAGUUUGUUUAAAAACAAGAAUCAAGGUAAACAAGGAUAGAUGGUGGAUAGAAGUAGAAUGUAAGAAGCGCAUUUUGUCCUAUUUUGAACUUGUCAAUUGGAUAUACUUGUAUUCUAGAGUUGAUGUUCACUCCACUUCUCAAACUUAGAACCGGUCGCUUCAAACAGUAUGACGUUAUUCACUUAGCUACUGAGUCCAGAUAUUCACUAGUUUGUAUAGUGAGGUGAAGUAUAAAUUCACUUGGUAUUGUUUGUUUGUAUCUUCUCAGGACCUAUUAGCUAAGUGGCGUUCGAAGUAAGAGGUACUGGGUUAGAGUCAUGGAAUAAAUAUCAACUCUAGAAUGCAGGUACAUCCAGCUGAUAAGUCCCAAAUAGGAGGAAACGCGCUUCUUGGAUUCCACUACUGGCCACCAUCUAUCUUUGCUUAUAAUGCUUGUGAUUGAAGUCAAUAUCGAGGCAGUUAGCAUAGGAUACACAUAUGCUAGUAAUAGACUGAUCAAUUACAGUCAUGAAUAUCAAUGGGAUAAUUUAAACAAACAAUACAAAAUGUAGAAUCAAGAUGGUUCCCCUUUAAUUUCAUUUUCUUUAAAGACAUUUAUCAUUAGUUUAUUGAAUAUUAUGAGCUCUAGUUAAGGCUAUAUUUAUAUUGUGGUUUUUCUAUAUGAUUAAAAUAAUUAGUUUGUACUAUCGUCAUAUUUUAUUAGAAAAAUUGUUCUGAUGAUAAAUAAACAUAAGAAUUAGACAUUACAUCAUUGAAUGCCAGGUCAGUGGUCUGCAGCUUAAAUGUUCGAGAGCGAGACCGAUAGGUCCUGGGUUCAAAUCCCGCGAGUGCAAAUGUGGUUUUGCACUGCCGAAGAGUCCCAUACUAAGACGAAACGGCUAUCCAAUGCUUCCUGGUUUUCCAUGAUGGUCUAGCUCAUGAGUUCAACUAUAAAAAUAUCUCUUCGACAGAUAAUUUCAAACUAGAUAAACAACCGAUUCAUCAACAAGAUUGUACCUUCUUUCUAAAUCAGUUUAUUCUCUUUAUUUAUUAUGAUUCUUAAUACACUGUAGGUAUUUUUCUUUCUAUUAAGAAUCAUUCAUUAGUUAAUAUUUUUCAUUGUUACAUAAUCUUGUCAAUCAUAUCUAUAGUUUUGCAAUCAGAAUAUGAUGAGAAUUUACGACAUUUACAUUUAUUUCUAUCCAUUUACUGAUAUCAAUCAGUCGUACAUUAUUGUAGAAUUCUAAGUGAUAUAGUUAAGAAUACUAAUUAGUGCUUAUUAUGAAUGAUGGUUCAUUAUCAAGGACAGAAUAUACUUUGACUAUAUUGACAGCUAUACUGUUCUUUAAUUUCUUUUUUGUUUUGUUUUGAUAGACAGUAUGUAUUCAGACAUUUACAUUAGUAGUUUUUGUGAAUGAUACGUAGUAGUUUUCUCUCUAAACAAUCUCAUUAUUAUUUCAUUGAAAUCAAUAAUGAUCCUGUUUCAUUUCAAUGUUUUUAUUUGUUUUUGUAAUGACACAGAAAGUAUGUAUUCAUUGGAUCGUAAUUCAAUUAGAUCAAGUCAUAGACGAUCUUUUAGAGAAAGUCUAGGAUUAUCAGAAAGAUGCAAAUGUUACUGGGAUCAUACACCAUAUUUACCUGAAGGACACUCUAUAAUAAACGAAGAUGAACGUUCUAGAACUGGUUCAAUACGUAGUGGAGACUUUCAACGUUCCAGACCUACUUCAUUUUCAAAUAAUGAUGAUAUACAUUUUAAAUCUGUAUAUACAAGAAGUUCUGAAGAUUUACGACCUAAAACUAUAAAUGUCACUACUACUAGUUUACCGAAUACAGAUGAUGCGCACAAUUCAUUAUGUAGUCCAACAGUGAUCAAUUUAAACUUCAUGAAUUCAGAUGAACGUCCAAGUAAGUUAGAUGAUUUAGAUAAUUACGUUGGAUUAUAAUCUUUUCAUUAUUAAUUCUUGUGUAUCGAUAUAUAUAUAUCCCGCCCGCGGGAUUCGAAUCCAGGACCUAUAAGUAUUGCGCGUGAACCACAUGCUCUAGACCAUUGAGCCGGUAUCUAACGGUGUUAAUAUUCAACUUCAACCCAUCCACGAAGUCACACCACCGUCCACCAUUGUCUUUAGUGAGUUACUAUUUCACAAACCACCUGGUUGUACUUCACUGGUCACUGCUUAUUAAACAAUACACUAUUCUCAUAUAAUUAAAAUAAUGAAUUUAAAUACUUAAAAUGAAUCAUAUUGUUUAGUUUUGUAUUCCUUUAGAAAAUUGUAUUUGAGAAGUUUGUUUUAUUACUUUUCUCAGGAACAUCUGCUUAUUUCUAAAAGUUUUUAGGCUAUUGCUUUUAGUGAAUUCAUAUUACAGAUUUGUUUGAUAAGCCGUUUGUUUGGGAGGUCCAGAAAAUUCCUCGAAAAAAGCCGAAAUGGCUUUGGAAGCUCUGAGGAAACCCCCAAUCCAACCAACAUGCGAUAGAAAUCUUACUAGAAACAUCUAGAAAGUGAAACGUCAUAUGUCGCGUUUCUGAUUGCAUGAUUACCUAUACUGCUACUAUGUUUAGUAGCGUUCCAAAACUUACCGGAAGCCCAAAUUCAUCUAAAAUGCUAUAAAUACCCUGGAUUUUCUGUACAUAAACGAACCUCGAAAUAAAGCAUUUCUUCCAUGUUUCGUACCUUCUCUCUCAUGUUCAGAAUUCUGUGUAGGUUUAGCCUGUGUAUUACUAGAAGAGCUUUGGAAACACAAUCUAGCGUCCAAUUAGAAGAUUUAUCACUAUUAGAAAGUUUAAUUGUUUAUGAUUUUUUCAAGUAUACCUCACUUAUCAGAAAACUGUGAUUAGAGAAUAUCUUUUCGUGAAAGAGAUAAGCCUCUUAAUAUUAAAUUGAAUUUGUUAAAUCUUAUGUUCAAUAGCUAUAGGUAUAUUUGAGGCUUCAGUCUAAUCACAAAUGUUGCACAGAACUGGCAAUAGCAUGUCACUAAAUAUUUGAUAGAAAAAUAUAACUAUUGAAAAAUAAGAAGAUGUUUCAUUCUAGUAUUCUCAUUCGUGACACUGCUGGGAAUCAACAUGUGAAAGUUUUCCGUUCCUCACUGAUUCACCUACAUUACACUAUAUAUACACUAUAAUACACUACACUAGCUUUAAGAUGUAAUUCCUAGAGUUCUAAUGUGAAACCGUUAUCAUUGGAGUAAAACUAUGUUGAGUGUGAGAGAGUUAAUUACAGCAAAUAACAGAUAAUUACACAAUAUCACGAGUCGAUUAAAGUUAGACAGAUAAAUCACUGGAUUCCAGUUCAGUGGUCUACAGGUUCGUCCUCAUUGAAUGUUCAUAACGGAUAAUUCAGUCUUACAUCAGGAAGAAAUAUCUGUUCGCUACUCUAAGGUUUUUGAUUAUGUUCCGUGAUGAAUCAACAAUCUAAACUAUGAAUAUUAAUAUUUUUGCAAAUGAUAUAUCUGCCGUAUAUUUAAGGCAUUUACAGACAAGUGAUAGCUUAUGAUCUUUGAUAAACUAGAUAAUAAUAGUUAAAUUAUCAUGAAAUAUCUCUUCCAAAUAAAUUUAAGAUAUUUUAAUGGAGGUUUAAUUGAAGUGAUUUCCUGAACAGAUCAUAGUAUUAUCAGUCCAAUUCCACAAAAAAUUCUAAAUUUAUGUCGAACAUAUGAUACACAUUACAACCAAACUUCUGAUAUCGUCAGUUUAAUUUCAUACAUUUAAACACAACUUGUGUGUUUAACCUAGCUCUCCUAUUAAACGGGACUGGGGUGCAAUGUUUGGGUUGUUACGUGAAAGUCUAUAUGAUGUCUGGUUCUCCUGGAAACUAAUGUAAAAUUACCCUGGCCCACAAGGGGGUAUAUUACAUAACUGUAACUUUGAAAAAGACGUUCAUUUAUCAUAUUAUGCUGAAAAGUUCUUUAUUCAUGAUCACUUAAUGGAAG